AUUAAUGGAAUAAUUUUCAAAAUUUGUCCUUGUUUUUAAUACUCUUUCAAUUUCAAAAUAGAUAAUGUUUUGAAGAGUUUUUGAUAUUACAAAAUACAUGAUAUUUUAUAUUAGUUUUAGUUUUAUUGAAAAUUGUGUGACUAAUUUAUAGUUUUUGUGAUAAUUGGUUGAAUUAAUUUUAUUUUAUAUUUUAAUGCUAUUUUUUAGAUAGUGAAUAUGUUAAUUCUCGUGCAUUUAAUCAAAACAUCAAAUAUUUUAAAAUAGAUAGAGCAUUAUUUUUAACAAAAAAAACAAAGUAUUACUCAGUUAUAUGUUCAAAUAUAACUAACAUUAAAUGUUUUCAAAGAACAAGCAUGUCUUGUGGAAAUUUUAGUUUAAGAAAAACUAGAUGGAGUUUCCCCUCAAAAAAGAUCUGUAUUAUAUUACUUACAUAUUGUAUCAAAAGCAUUAUUUAAUAGGUAAUGAUAAAAUGAACAUAAUCGAAGAAACAUAUUUUAGUUAUGAAAGUAAUCUUUUUUACAGCAUGAAAGUAGUCAAUAUCUAAUAAAAAUUUAGAAUUUAGAGAAAAGUUACGAGUUGGAUGGAAAAGAACUUGAUGCUUUUCAUUGUGACACUAUUCCACGUCAAUAUAAACAAAACAAAAUGAUUUCGUUUUGACUUUUGUUAUCAUCGAAUUUUAUUGGAUGACAUUAACAUUAUUUUUGUGUAUUAUUUAUACUAUACGAGUAUCUUGCUUAUAAAUAAUUUAUAAUACCGGGAUUCUGAAAUUUGUAUUUUAUUUGAAAGUUCCUUCAUAUUUAAAAUUAAGAAUCAGGAUUGGUAAAGUUCUAGGAUCAAGAUUGUUUUCCAAUUUCAAUAAUAAACUUUAGAGGAUCAAAAGGGGAGAAUAGCGUAAUAUGGAAAGUUUUAAUUUGAUUAACAAAACGCUUAUUAAAGGAUCAUAAACCUAUGAACGUGUUAUCCAUCCAGAGAGAUAGAGAUAAAAGAAAAAGGAAAAUUACAACAACAAUAUGGAAACUCUAGUUCUAUAAAUAUGCAGCAAUAGGGCAAAGCUUUCUACUACUCGGAAAAAAACAAAGCCUCUUAUUACUUUGUGCAACUCACUCUGCCUUCAUAAAAAUUCAUUAAGCUUCGUGUUCUCCAAGCAAAUCAUCAACAUCAUGUCUUUAUCUUCAAGAGCCAUUCUAGUCGUUAUGUGCUUUCUGUUCUUGUCGUCUCCACUCUUUACGUCGGCAACAACAACAACAGAUCAAACACUUCAGCCUCGAUGUGAAUCUCACAUUUUCAACAACGGAAAACAUUAUCGUUCAUGCAAGGAUCUUCCGGUGUUAGACUCGUUCCUACACUUCAGUUAUGCUCGAGAAACCGGAGUUCUCGAUGUUGCUUACCGUCAUGCCAAUCUCGAGUCUUCUAGUUGGAUCGCUUGGGCCAUAAACCCAACCAAAAAAGGCAUGUUAGGCGCUCAAGCUCUCGUGGCUUAUCGUAACUCAACAUCUGGCGUCAUGCGUGCUUAUACUUCAAACAUCAAUAGCUACGCUACUAUGCUUCACGAGUCUCCCCUUAGCUUUCGUGUAACACAAGUAUCCGCCGAGUAUCUUGAUGGAGAGAUGGCGAUAUUCGCAACAAUGGUGCUGCCUCCUAACACAACCGUAGUGAAUCACUUAUGGCAAGACGGUCCGUUGAAGGAAGGAGAUAGACUUGGGAUGCACGCUAUGAGUGGAGAUCAUCUCAAAUCCAUGUCUACUUUGGAUUUGCUUUCCGGACAAGUGACUGAGACCAAAACGGUUAAUGGAAACAUGUUGUUGGUCAAGCGAAUCCAUGGAUUGGUCAACACAGUGAGUUGGGGGAUUCUCAUGCCUAUUGGAGUUAUGGCUGCACGUUACAUGAAGACCUACGAAACAUUAGAUCCCACAUGGUUCUACGUACACGUCGUUUGUCAGCUCACCGGAUACUUAGCCGGUCUUCUCGGAGGUCUUGGAACAGCGAUCUACAUGGCACGGCAUACCGGGAUGAGAAGUACGGCGCAUACCGUGAUAGGGAUUUUAAUAUUCUGUUUAGGGUUCUUGCAGAUACUUGCGCUCAAAGCAAGACCGGGUAAAGACCAUAAAUACAGAACAUACUGGAACUGGUAUCAUCACACGAUGGGAUACGUGGUGGUUGUGCUGAGCGUGUACAACAUAUACAAAGGGUUUGUUAUAUUGCAACCUGGAAGUGGAUGGAAGAUCGCAUACACUGCUAUCAUCUGUGCUAUUGGAGCGUUUGCAAUUGUGAUGGAGAUCUUGCAGUUCAAGAAGAGAUGGGGUGGCUUGUUUGUGAAGAAAUCGGAAGACCUACAAGAAGCUAAUCAAAGUGCUUCUAAGAAGGAGAUUUUGAAGUUUAUGAACAGAUGGGGUGACAAGACACCGGAAGACCUAGAAGCUAAUCAAAGUGCUUCCACUGAAGUGGUCUAGUUUUAUUUCUUUUUCCAUGUUGCUGUCUCAGACAGUUCGUGUUGGACCAUUCUCUAUAUUUUUUUACGUGUAGACCAUUCAGUUAUAAUCAAUAAAAGUUGUUUUGGUUUAAUAAUCAAACAAGAAUUUAAAUGGACCAUAACUGUGGGGAACGAUUGCCAGUAACAUUUAAGUGAGGAACGAUUGUGUAGUUCGAGAAUUGGUUCAUAAAUAUAUUUGUAUAAAGACGAUCACUUAAUCAAAGUCCCUAAACUACCUAAACCCAUAAAGAAGGCUUUAACCUUUUUUUCUGGUCAGCUUAGAAGAUGUAAACGGAUUACAAGUACAGAUCAAAGCCAGAUAAUUUGUCCAAAUCCAAUAAAAAAUCAUGGUGGUUGGAUAGAGAGAUCAGAGACAAGACUGUAUCGUUGCUUUCUCCACAGAAGACCUAAAAGUUUUGGAAAGAAACCAGAAGAUCUAAAAGUUGAUCAAUCUGUUUACACUGAAGUCGUCUAGUUUUAUUAAAUUUUCUCUUACUUAUUUUAGCAUUCGUGUUGGCCAUUCUUUGUACACGAUACAGUUCUGAUCAAUAAAAUUUGUUGGAGUUGAAUAAUUUAAAUGGAUCAAACAGAGCAUUUAAAUUUAUGCAAAACUGAGCAUAUAAUUAGCCAUUAUAUUUUGGCUUUAUCGUGUAUUGAUUGAAAGACUGUGAUGAACAAGCUUCAUGAACAUACUCAACAUUAUGCAACUUAUUCAAUUCUUUUUGGUAAUCAUGUUAAAUAUUCAUUUAAAUUUUUUUCCUUACAAAAUAUGCUAUUUUCUUUUCAACCUCUAUGAAAAUUGCUGUGAUAAAGAUUUGAAAUAAAAGGAGAGAAAUCUAAUAGACAUCAAAGGUUUGUAAUUAGCUUAAUCUUGUUGUAUUUUUCUGGGACCUUCAGAUAUGAUCAUCACAAGGUCGGUGGCGGAGAAGAACGAAAACAAAAAAAGCGGUGGUAAGAAGCAAAGAUAAAGGGAGCGGCGGAUAUGAAAUUCAGAUUGAAAACUAUAAUAUAACGAAGAACAUCAUGAUCCCCUCAGGUUCAUUUGUCUCUUAUCCACAUACUUCUUCGCCGCUUCUAACCUUUCAAUCCUUUCCACCAUCUUAUUACUAUCCCUGCACCGCCGCCACCGUUGCCUGGGGGUUUCAGAACGGUCUCUUAUACCGUUAGAGUUAUGAUUAAGCCCAAUUGGCAAUAAUGUAUCUACAGUUUGCAAAAAUCCGUCUAUGAAUAAACUUUGGACCUUUGGUUUACAACGAAAUAAAUUUGGGCCUUUUCUGAUUGUUAUGAAAUUAUAAUUUUGCCAAAUACAAAUCAAUUCACAGUAAAAUGCAAAAAAUAAAAUAAAAUAAAGAUAAACAUAAAAAAUUAACAUGUGGUUUUAAAUUCAUCUCGCACGUUUUAAUUUUAUAAGUAGAGAAAUUAUAAGCAAUAUUGAUAUCUGACUCAGAUAAUUCAUAUCUGACUUCAUAGCAAAGGCAGUUUGAACUAGAACAGUUUAUUUCCAACUUGAUCAAUCUGAACUAGGAAACUCCUCUUUGGUCUAUAUUAUGAAGUGGGGAUAUGCAUGCUAGAGCCAUUUAACCACACCAAGUGCAUUCACCUUGUUCAUUAAAAAUCAAUUCGAGCACUUAAAGACUAUGUAACACAUGCUAUUUCUGGUGUUCAAAUUGCAAUGCAAACCAAUUGAUGUGAGUUUCUAUUUUGCGUCUCCUGUGCUGUUUCUUUUUAAAAAUCCAUUCGAAGACUUAAAAACUAUGUAAAGUCUGUUUUCUUCGUCUUAGGCAACUUCGUUAAGUAGAUUCUCAAGGGAGCUGAUGGGUAUCACACGGAGAUGUGUUUCUAUCAUUGAAAACCUUAUCAUUUAUAUAUAAACUUUCAAACAUUCUGAAUUAUCCAAAAACACUACAAGUUACUCAACUUUGUUCUCCGGUUAAUUAUUGAUUGUAUUUUUUAUGUAAUUAAUUAUUAUAAAGAUAAACUUAUCUAACAAUGUGUAUUAGACUAUUCGCUUGAAGAGAAAAUUAUACUCGUAUCUAUAAUUAUUUAGUUAUAAAAGGUUAUUGGUGUCUUAUAUUUAGCCAAAAUCUAGUAUUCAUCAUAGCUUUCAUUCACAUAUUGGUUAGAAGAUGAAAUUAAAUGGUCCACCGAGGCGACGACUUCUACCGACAUGAGUUUGAUCAUGUGAAUUCGAACAUAGUUGAGUCAACCAACGGCUUUUAAACCAUGGUAUGGCUUUUUAGGGGUUUCAUGAUCAUGAAAUACGGUUUAAAGCCGUGCAUGUACAUCUACUUGAUUUUUUUUUUUUUUUGCUAAAUGAACUCGAUUAUAUUCAGAAAAUAACAUUUCAUUUAUCAUCCAUACAGAAAAAUAUCCAAUAUAUAACUCACACGAAUGAAUCUACCUAUCAUUCUAUCAACCUAGUCCACACAACUUGCAUCAUAUAAAGUUCUAAACAAAAUAAUAAUAGCUUGUUGGGACCAAUUAUUUUUAUCCAGUGUUUGUUUGUGUGUAUAUAUAUAUAUAUAUGGCUGCAAAUAAAACUUACCUUUGCUUGGCUGAUGGCUUUCUAUAGCUUCGAAUCGACGCCAAUACAAACUUGUCUCUUUCUUAGAUAAAAAGUAAAUGAGGCCCAAAGACUUUAAGUAAAACGUCUUCUACUUUCAGUGGAUGCUCUAGUCAUAAUCGCCCCCACAAUAUCUCAACUUGUAAGUUGCAAUACGUUCUAAAAUGAUCAAAGUAUCCAUCAUAUCAUCAUAAUAUGUUCAUUAUCAUUAGAUCGGUAGGGAUUUUAUGCACUUUCAACGAACAAAAUUAUGCGAGAUAAGGGUUUGUAACUAAGCUUAUAUGAAAACUAAAGUGAUAAGGAUUCGAAAAUUAACGUGAGCAGAAUUUGGGUGGACCAUUGUUUGUGGUCCAUGACAACGAGUCACGACGGCCCCCCAUGUACUACCACAUCGUGAAUGUAAGUUUCUUUGGUUAUAAUUUUUUUACGAGAAACAUUUAUAUAUAGACACCGUCGGGUACAAAAUUAUAGUACUCCCUCUGUUUUUUUACGAGAAACAUUUUUUUACGAGUCGUUUUGAAGCUAUGCACAUAGAUUAAAAAAAUCAUUAAUUUCUUAUAUUUUCGAAACAAAAACAUCAUUAAUUAUUUACCUAACCACAAUUUAACCAAUAGAAAAAUAGAAGAUAUAUUAUCAUUGGUCAGACAACAUUAAUUACUAAUAAAUGUUACAUAAAAAACCGAAAACGACAUAUAAUUUGGAACAAAAAAGUUUCUCUAAAACGACUUAUAUUAAAAAACGGAGGGAGUAUAACACAAGAACGUUCGUAGUCAACAUGUGAAUUAAAUGUAAUAUGGAAAAUGUUCCAUCUUGGUUGUAACGAGACUCUGACAGAAUUGAAUUCAGAUAAUUAAUAAACCCUUUCAAUUUUCUAGUAGAUGAUGAACUUUUUUUUUUUUUUUUUAGAUGAUGAACUUAUAAAAACCGUAGUUGAAAAUAUGCCGAACUCUAAUUAUGGAAAUCAAAUUAUUACUAUACCAUUUUCCAGUACGUACUAUUGGCUAUGGUGUAGCUAAUUUGACAAAAACACCCUUAAUCAUUGGUCAAGAGUGUUUCAGAUAAGGUACAGAUCAGAAUCCACCACUAGAAAUCGAGCAAUAGAUCUCUCACCUCCACAGAGCAUGAUCCAAGAGGUUAUGGCCCCCACUAACAAUCAACUCCUUGUCUGAAAGCUCGCAACGUGUCGCUCAUCCUGAUUGGGUUUCAGUACUGUUGCCCCCACCGAAUCAUUAUCUCUCCCUCACUCGCUCGCUAGCUAGCUGUAUUCACUCUGCCUCUCUUUCCUCUCUUGUCGCUUUCUGUCUGAACCUGGCAAGAACCUUGGCCUUUCCUUUCUAUCUCUAUGCCCUCUUCUUCUGUUUCAACUUUCAUUUCUCAUUUUCUAAAAAUUUGUGACUUAUCUAGAGAGAUAAAAACCUAGAGAGCUAGGAGAGAGAGUCUUCUCUUAGCUCUAUUUCUUUACGUGUGAAACAGAAAGCAGAUAUAGUUAAGAAGAUCUUCUCAUCAUUCAGGGGUUCUAAAUCUGAUCUGACAUGGAACAACUGUUUUCUGAUUGGAAUUUUGAAGAUAAUUUUCACAUGUCCUCUAAUAAAAGAUCAGUCAGACCAUAGGAUGAACUAGUGGAGCUACUAUGGAGAGAUGGUCAGGUGGUUUUACAAAGCCAAGUCCGUAGAGAACCAUCAGUCCAAGUCCAAACCCACAAACAUGAUCAAGCCCUACGAAAACCAAAUAAUACUUACCUUGAGAACCAAGAAACAAUACGAAAACAUAAC